AUCAUCUAACUCCGUACAAAUAAACAACUUGUAUCCGAGAUAAGACUUUUGUCGAGAUAUAUUGCUGUUGCUUGUUUUUAUUGAUUCAUUGAUCUUGAAUCAAUUAUCAUUGUUCAAUUGAAUUUACUAGAAGUCACUAGAGAACCUACCGCCGUCAACUCUUUUCCCUUUCCGCGAAGAAGCACCCGUCCGCCUUGGUCAGGCCCCCUUCCGUCAACCGAUCCUCGCUUGAGAUGUCCACCGCCACCGCUGCCGCCUCCGGGGUCAACCCCCCUCUGACCAACAACACGCUGGAGAAGAAGCCCAUCAAAUUCUCCAACUUGCUUCUCGGCGCCGGCCUCAACUUGUUUGAGGUCACUUCGCUCGGUCAGCCUCUGGAGGUCUGCAAGACCCACCUUGCCGCGAACCGAGGCGAUUCGUUUGCCUCUGCGCUGCGCUCCAUUUGGAACCGCGGUGGUGUGCUCGGAUUCUACCAGGGUCUUAUCCCCUGGGCCUGGAUCGAGGCCUCGACUAAGGGCGCCGUGUUGCUCUUCGUCGCUUCCGAAGCCGAAUACUAUGCCCGUGUCGCCGGUGCCUCGGAGUUCGGUGGUGGUAUCAUCGGUGGUAUGACCGGAGGUGUCGCUCAGGCUUACGCCACCAUGGGUUUCUGUACCUGCAUGAAGACGGUCGAAAUCACGCAACACAAGUUGGCCGCUACGGGUGUUAAGCCUCCUGGUACCUUUGCUACCUUCAUGGAUAUCUACCGCAAGGAAGGUAUCCGCGGUAUCAACCGUGGUGUCAACGCCGUCGCUAUCCGCCAGAUGACCAACUGGGGAUCGCGUUUCGGUCUCUCACGUCUUGCUGAGCAGGGUAUCCGCCGUAUCACCAACAAGGAGAAUGGUGAGAAGCUCACUGCUGUUGAGAAGAUCACCGCUUCGGCCGUAGGUGGUGGUUUUUCCGCCUGGAACCAGCCGAUCGAGGUCAUCCGUGUCGAGAUGCAAAGCAAAAAGGAGGAUCCCAACCGACCCAAGAAGAUGACGGUCGGAAACACUUUCAGGUACAUUUAUGACACCAACGGUCUCAAGGGUUUGUACCGUGGCGUUAUGCCGCGUGUCGGGUUGAGCGUUUGGCAGACGGUUUGCAUGGUGGCCAUGGGUGAUAUGGCCAAGACUUACGUAGAAAAGUUGACCGGAGAGAAGGUCACUGCUAAGCAUUAGGCGGCGUUUUCUGGAUGGAUGAUAUGGAUGGUCACGUAACUCACGUGUUGAUAGAACAUGGUGUGGGAUCAAAUGUGUUGUGCUUUUUCAUGAUUUUUCUUGAUAUAUUUAUGACGGUCCGUCACUGAUAGAAUUCUUAAACUUCGACCCGUAUUCCGGGUAGCAUCUGUUCUUCUGGUCUACGUCUGGCAUUGGUGUAUGACGACGGCGUAUGGCUCUUGGUCGAGAUAUAUACAUACUAUAGAGACCUAAUCGCAAUACAAGCUUGUGGCCUUGGGUCGAAUUCGUUUUCCAGUGUCGCUCUUGACGGUUGGUCUUGUUUAUAUGCCGUGAUAUGCGCGAUUUUAGUCUGGUAUGUUAUAUCAGUGGGUGUGGCUAUGUAGGCGGAUGUUGGGGUUGAUAAGGGUGUCGAAGUUCGGUGUCGAGCUGCUACUGGCUGCUCUAAUCUACCUACCUAGGUAUAUCCCGCAGCAACACGCUCAUGGCUAUAAUCCUCCGUAUGAAGAACAUAUCAUUCCAGGUUUCACAUCUAGAGCUUCAAUUCAUACUCCU